GCCAAUAUGAACGUGUUUUAUUGCAAUACUUUUUAAUAAUGAAUAUGAGCAAUCUAAUAUGUUUGAAAUUUGUUGGUCUCGUUGCUGUUUGUAUUUUGCUCACUUUCAAUGAACCAAUAGGGAUCGUGCCUUUUCGCACGAAUGAAGUUUGGCGCGUAACGUUUCAGAUUCCCGAUGUAAUGUUUACGUAAAAUAUUCGUUAAUUUUCGUUAACGUUUGUUUAAUUCUUACUUACUUACUUACCAUCGAUGGAAUUGUUAGAGGAAUAUCAGGAAUUUAUCGAGCGUGAUGCAACCGAAAUUUCCUGGUUAUGGAAAUUUAUACCGGCGCUUUUUUAUGUCGUAAACGCGGUUACUGGAUACAUUUGCAGCAUUUUAUUUUACAUGAUAUGGCAAGACGCCUUCAACGGUAAUUGUCCACUUUGGGCGAAUUCUCUUUCCAUGCUAAAUAUAGAAUCAAAAUUUGAUGACACAAUUGACAAAAUCAGCUGGAAUACAAUUGAUGCAGAUUGGUGGAACUACAUUGUUACUAAUUAUGACUAUAAAUAUAAAUGUAAACUAUAUUUCAUAUCAUGUUUUUUGUCCUGUAUAUUUGGAAUUAUAUGGUCCAUUAUGUUUUUAAUAUGUGGUAAAGGUGGACAUGAUAUAGGCAUAUUUGAGGCUCCAUGGAGAACUGUAUUUCCAGCAACAGUUUUUAAUCUAAUAUUUGUAAUAAUAACAAUAUACACUACCAUUAAUCUGGGAAAAGGAUACUUUAUAUUUAGUCAGAACUUAAAAAAUGUUUAUACUGAAAUAAGCAAUACUUAUAAAGUACCACAACUUACAAGUGAAUGUGAAAUUGUACAAGUAUAUUUGCAACAAUAUAACACCUAUGAAAUUGAUGUCUGUAAAACUUUCCUUUGGCUACAGGUUAUAUUUUAUAAACAAUACAACAGCUUAGUAUUAAAAUGUAAUCAAAUAUUAACAUAUACAUUAAAUGCUUUUAAGGUUCUUUCAUAUAUACAGAUGUGGAGUUGGUUAGCAGGAUUGUUGAUAUUAGUCUUUAGGAUAAUCCUGAUUAAUGAUUUUAGAAUACUAAAGAUUAGGAUUUAUGAUGUUUCAAAUGAUUUUGUAUCAAAUAAUACUAACAGGAAUGAAAAUCUCCAGGAAAGAAAUAAUAAAAUAGACAAAGAGAAAAUGGAAUAGUUAUAGAUAUGUUGGAAAUUAUUUAUUUAAACUUCAUAUAUACUUCUAUAUGAACACUUUAUGUUUAUGUGUAUAUGUAAAAAUGUAUAAAAAUGUAUAAAAAUAUAGAGUUUAUAAAUUCAAC